CACGUGCAUAUUAGAAUGGCGUAUGGGACAAUACGGGAGCGUCUGAUCCUUAUACUAAGUUCUUUCACAUGCAUUACUUUAGUGCAGUGCAGACAUGUGCUGCAAUUGUCUGAAAAUGAAAAAGCAAAUGAUGAUGGUGAAUUUAUAUCAGAACAACAUAUGUUUGACCACGACGAGGCUUUACCUGAUUUUGAGUACCUAGGUGAUGACGCCAUUGUCUCAGGGCAAGUCAGUUCUUCUGAAGCCGCCUGGUAUGCCAUGUCUCCAAGUUUGAGGUGUGGUGAUGACCUUAUGAAGUUGCAGCUCAGUGGUCCUGAAGUAGCACAAGUUGAGCUUUGUCGAGGUAAUGGGGCACCUGUUACCCUCAAUGAGUUGCCACUUCACUGUGGACACACCAUACCAACUUAUGGAGGUCUUAUAUAUGCUACCCCGUAUGAUGGGUGUGGUGUUGCACAACAGGGCGGGAGUUAUGUAAUGCAGAUGCAGUGGCAGGGAAACGGUGCAGUCAUUUCUUGUCCUAUGACCUCUACAACUGCAAACGAAACCUUCAUAGGACCUCAUUCUCUUUCAUAUCAACAGAUUCUGCUGCCUCCCCUUUUUUCUGAUAAAGUUACUACAAUAACUAUGACAGAACUAUCUGCAACACUCAAACCUCUACCUUAUGGGUACCCUCAAGUGUUUCCACAAGAGUUUUGGCCUUACUACUACCCUCGUUACCAUUAUCCUGGCAAGGGUUAUCCCACAGCUGAGCCAGCAGGGAAACCUCCAUCAGAUGCCCAAGUGCCAACCCAGAAGCCUCAGUUUCCAAAGCACCCCCAUAUGAUGUGGCCAUAUCCCUACUCCCAUUAUCCUGGCAAGGGUUAUCCCACAGCCGAGCCAGUGGAGGAAUCCUCUACAGAUGCCCAAGUGCCAACCCAGAAGCCUCAGUUUCCAAAGCACCCCCAUAUGAUGUGGCCAUAUCCCUACUCCCAUUAUCCUGGCAAGGGUUAUCCCACAGCCGAGCCAGCGGAGGAAUCUUCUACAGAUGUCCAAGCACCAAACCAGAACCCUCAAUUUCCAAAGCACCCCCAUAUGAUGUGGCCAUAUUACUACCCCGAUUAUCAUGGCAAACCAACUCCCACUUUGAAACCAGCUCCAGCCAUCCCCACUUCUCCCCCACCAGAUUCACCCGCAAUAAGCCAGAAACCGCAACCCACAGUGUACCCUCUUUAUUUGCAACAGUUUUAUCCACAAUACCCAGUGCAGCCUCCAAAAUCCCCUACCGCAUCACCUAUAACCACCACUCCUCAACCCUGUACUAUAACUGCAGCUGCUGAAUGCCAACCUUUAGCUAACCAGCCUCUCAAAGAGCCACCCCAAUACUAUAAACCCCCCAUUUAUACGAGUUAUGAAAAAGAACCAUUCGCUCUUAAAUUUGUGUGUUUUUCCGAAUUGGAUCCCAAGUCUUUCCCGUGAAAUGAAUGAGGACUGAGGGCCGCUAUUUAGACUUGGGUUGGCAAUGUGCUGCAUGUGGCUUUGAGAAAGAUUGCCUCCUGAUUUAAUGCGAAUAUGUUGUGUAUGGGGUGACUCCUGCUCAUUAAUUUUGUCCUUUUGUUCUCUCAAACAAUUCAAUAAAUCAAAUGUCUUUUUUUUUUUAA